AUGAAGCAUGAAAACGUACUAACAUUGGCUAUAAACUCUCAUCUGAAUAUGUUCGAUGUAGAUAGAACAAAUGGACUGGAAGUUGUGGGUGGUAUUGAAGAUGGACUCACUCGAAUGAUGAGUCAAGCUCUGCGGACGAAUCUUGUUUAUGUAGAAAGAAACGAGGAUAAUAUCACUGAUAGAGAUUUAGAGCCAAAUGACUUAUUUCCAUAUAACUCUGAUAUAGCCGUUGGACGGUUAGGACUCACAGAAGAAUAUGCAAAAAUCGCUUCUCCUAGCGCCCCCUACGAUUUUGGUGAAGUAAGAUUUAUAAUCAGCCCACCAACACUGGCCUCAAAAGCGGAGGUAAUUAUUUACCCUUUCAGAAUGCAUGUCUGGAUGGCUAUUAUCGUGAUUCUUUUCUUGAUGCCAAUUAUUUUGAGGUAUCUGUAUCGAAAUCCAGCACACAUAACUGAUCUUUUUUUCGGAGUUUUUUCAAAUCUUCUCCAGAAACAGUCUAAAAUCAAAAUAUCGCCAACCUUUAGAGACAGGAGCCUGUGCGUAUGUUGGCACUUUGGAGCUUUAGUAAUAGCGUUGUCGUAUACGUCAACUGUUUUGUCGUUUUUAAUGUUGCCAAGGCGGCAUCCGUCUUUAGAUACAUUGCCAAAAUUAUCGAGAGCGGUCGGCUCUGGCAGUUACAAAUGUGCAGUCUUAGAAGGAGCAGGCAUUUUAGUGUUCAUGACAGGACAAGAGAAUGUAAACGUAAAGAGACUCGGUGACAAAAUCUUAUCCAAUGGUUGGCAAAUCAAGUAUUCUUCUCAAAACGUUCUAAAAGCUAUAAAUGACAACUUUGCCGUGAUAAUGCCGUAUAUUUUGAUUCAAUCUUUACCUUCUGACCGUAUAAUUUUAUCCAGAGACAGCAUAUAUUCAGCAAGUGUCGUCAUGUUUUGCCGGAAAGAUUUUUGUUGCCGUGAGAAGCUGGACAGAAGCAUUCUUCGCAUGACGGCAGCGGGGCUCUAUGCCAAAAGUCUGGACCAUUACUUCUUUAAGAAGCAGUUGCGGAACGAAAUGGCGACUGUGGAGAAUUCCAUGAGUGGUGUCAGAGCACUCACUUUGCAUGACGUCAUGGGUGCUUUCACGUCAUUGGUAAUAGGAUGGCUCAUGUCUAUCGUUGUCUUUUUAGUAGAAGUCUUAUAUAAAUCCAGCUUUAAUUGCAUGCUCCAACACAGUUGUAAAACUCUACAUCAAUUGUCUUGGAGAAGAGACACAAUUUAUCGGUUUUAA